GCACAGAUCACGGCGCCUGGCGUCGGCAUCUCGGACGACGUCGAGCUGGCGUGGACCAACAUGAUGAAGCAGCACUUCAUGUCGGACGACUUGAAGCAGCUCCACAAGAUGGGCAACAUCUCGCACGGUGAGAGCGUCGGCGAACCCGAGGACUUUGGCCCCAAGAUGGUCAUCAAGAGUGAGGAGGAGGCCAAGGAGUUCGAGUUCUGGACGAACAUGAGCUCCUUGAAUUUCAAGGUCAACACUGAUGGUGGUCGAGGGAAUCCGGUGGCGGGGAGGUGGCAAAGAGCGCUGGACGGCGACGAGAACCUCAGGCAGCGCUACGAAGCGACCGUCGGGAGGAAGAAGAGGCAGGACUUCAGGAGGGACUGGUGCAAGGCCAAGUACGACGACUACAUGAUCGAGCACUCACGGACGACAGAGGAGGUACGCAAGCAGUGGAAGAACAGUCGAUACUUGCCCAUCGGGCGCAUCGCAGCAUCUAAGUAUUUCUGGAAAUGCAUGGGUCUCGGAGCUCCAUGGAUCAAAUGGGAUGAUAUGACAGAGAGCCUUCGGGCUCUCUACGUCGAGACGGGGCUGACGGAGCUCUUCACGGAGACGUGGCGCACCCACGAGAAGUGGGUCCA